ACUAACGACUUUCAUUUCCGUGUACUUCCCCCGCUGCUAACUGUGAGCGCUACCAGGAAACACACACACACACACACACACACACGCUGAGGCAGCGCUGAGCCGGAUCGCAGCACAGAGACGGCGGGGAACCUGCCGGAGAACCUGCCGGAGAACAUGGCAGCUUGUGUCUGCGCCUUCAUCCUGACGCUGUACGCGCUGUGCGGCUCCGCAGCGGGGUCGGGAGUCCUCAGCGCACCCACCAACGUCCACCUGACCUCACACAACAUGGACCUGGUGCUCUGGUGGGACCCACCUGAAGGGGCGGCCGGUGAUCUGAAUUACACAGCUGAGUACAGAAGCUCAGCUAUUCCAUACAAAACUGUCUGCAUGAACAUCUCAGCCCUUCAGUGUGACUUCAACUCCCCCUCCAUCACCCCAUAUGGGCACUACCGGGGCAGAGUGCGGGUGCAUUGGGGAGCCGAGAGCUCCGGCUGGGUGGAGAGUAACCAGAUGACCUUGGACAGAGACACCUCCAUCGGUCCGCCCAAUGUGACCCUCCACCGCGUUGGGACAUCUCUGGAAGUCAGCAUCACAGAUCCAGUGUUUAAGACGUCAUCACUGAGGGUCGUGUACCCAUCUGCCACCUAUAACAUCACCUACUGGAAUAGCAGCCAGAAGGAAGAGGUGAAAACUCUCAGUGAUUUACGGCAGAACCGGGUGGUUCUGGAAGACCUGGAACCCAUGUGCGAGUACUGCGUCCAAGUCCAAAUCGACACCAACCAAAACACCAGACCGAGCGAGUUCAGCGACAUCGUCUGUGAGAGCACCGCUGACGAGGAUGCAGUUCCAUGGGUAGCGGCUGUGGUGACGGUUUUGGUCAUGGUUGUGUUGGUGGCUCUGGCGGUGGUGAUGGUGGUCUACUGGAAUCGAAUCUCCCAGUUUCUGUGUCCAGAAAUCGUGCUGCCGCCACACUUUAAAGAGUCUCUGCUGCCACCUCCUAAAUCCUCCGUGUACCUGGCCUCGCCCCCCUCUGAGGAGGUCUGUGACCGGGUCAGCAUCAUCGCAGAUAACAGGACUAAGACGGAGGAUGAAGGGCGCCCUCUGGAGGAAGGAAGGAAGGAGCAGCAAAUGGCCUGAUGCUGCGCUGGAGGAGAGACAGGAGGAGGAGGUGGGAUGCACUUUAAAGACUCGGAGAAGCUGCCAUCGAAUCCUGUUUGACCGCAGCAGCGAUGUGAUGAAGACGAGCAGGAGUGGAGCAGGUGCUCGUCCAGGUGAAGCUGUUCAA